AUGGCAAUCUUGAUUUGCUCUUAAUACAGGAGCAAUAAUGCAAGGUUAAUUAAAACAAUUAUUUUACUAACUAUGAUACAUAAUAUAACAAAUAAAAAAGUAGUAUAUUCUAAAUUAUCAGGUGCCUUCACAUUUGCAGAUAAUGGUAAUAGUAUUAGUAAUAUAUAGAUUGGUUUUAGUUUAAUACUUUUUCUGCCUUAUUUAGUGUUAUUACUUGUGGUACUUCAAAUAUUUUAUCUGUCAAUAAUUAUUCAAAAACUGAUAAUUCUAUGUUUAGCAGGAUAUUUAAACUUGAACCUCAUUAUUAAAUAACCUUUUCUUUUAAAUUUUGGAGGUAUAUUAAUUGAUUAAUUUAGAAUUGAUACUUGGGAUAAUAAACUCUUUGAAGUAUUUGUUGAUUUAGAAAAUUAAUAUUCAAGAUCAUUUUCUGACUCUGAUACUACAACAAACAUUUGUCAAGUUUCUUCAAUAAGUGAUUCAGUUAUAGAUGUUUCUAUAAAUAUUCAACAUUCCAAUCCAACUUUAUAAAUUAUUUUAAAAGGUUAAGGAUCUUUUUGGGGAAUUUCUGACUUUGAGUUAGCUAUUGAUGAAUGUGCACCAGGAUGUGAUUCAUGUAAUUAGAGUCAAUGCUUCAAUUAAAAACUAGUACCAAUAUCUAUAUAAUGGAUCACAAUGGAUAUGUUUUCAACAUAAAUAGGAUGUUUAGGUAUAUUAUAUUAAUAGUUAGAUUAUCGAUAUGAUUGGACAUAUGGAACAUUCAUGGAAAUAGAAAUUGAUUUAGAAUACCAUAUAAAAAUUAGUUCAAAAAUGAGAUUCUUAAUUACAAAUUCUGAUAAUCCAACUCUUACUAUAAAAAUUGAUGAUCAAUUAGUAACUACAACAUAAAAAUUAUCAUAAAGGAUAAUAUGGACAAGAUCUUUUUGUAACCAUAUUUAGAUUCUUGAUGUAAAAAUAACAGAUUUAGUACACACUAAUCCAAAAAUAAAAAUACGUGUUGAUGUAGUUAUGCCAGAAUUUGAAGCGACAGAAGGUUCUCCUUUUUUAGGAAGACCAGACUUUGAAUUAUUCAUCACAACUUCAGAAAAAUAAAUUAAUACAGAUUCUCAAGGAUUACCUUAUGAAGGUUGUUAAUUAGAUAUCCCUGAAUUAUUUGAAGGUUGUUCUUUUUGUGUUAGAGGUAUAUGUUUACAUUGUUAAGAAGGAUGGUAAUAUAUAGAAUAAGAUCAGGAAUGUUAACCAAUAUGUGGAGAUUUUAAACUUGUUUAGAAUGAAGAAUGCGAUGAUGGUAAUUUAAUUCCUUAUGAUGGUUGUUAUUAAUGUUAAUAUUCAUGUCCACUAUUUUGUAAGUAAUGUAUAAAUGGAAAAUGUAUUUAAUGUGAGUAACCAUAAUAAUUAAUUAAUGGUUUGUGUUUAUUUGUAUGUAAUCAAAUAAAGAUUUAUUCUGUUUAAUAAUAUACAGGAUGUUUUAAUCAUAUUGAUAAUAUUUAAGACAAUGGAUAUUAUUAACAUAUCUUAUUUAAUUAAGAUAAUUUAAAAUUAUUUCAAAAUGAAUUUUUGGAUUGUAAUCUUUUAAAUUAUGGAAUUUUUGGAUUUAAUUUCAACUAAUGUAGAUUACACAAUAUAUAAUUGUGUAAAAAUUAAUCUUGGGCCAUUUGUCUUGAAUGUAUGGAUGGGUUUUAAUUAACUAAGAGUAAGUAAUAAUGUAUAUCUAUAUGCAAUGAUGGUUAGAUAGUAGAAUUUGAAGUAUGUGAUGAUGGUAAUGUAAUUUAAUUUGAUGGGUGUUAUAAAUGCUAAUUAAGUUGUCAAUUAGAAUGUUCAAAUUGUGUUAAUUAAUAAUGUUUACGAUGUAUAGAAGGAUGGGAUCUAAUUGAAAAUUAAUGUUUACCAAAUUGUGGAGAUGGUAUAACAGUUCAAACUGAAUAAUGUGAUGAUGGUAAUUAAGAAGUUGGGGAUGGUUGUUAUGAAUGUUAGGCAGAAUGUCCUUAUUGUGAAAUAUGCAAUUAUUAUAAUAAAUGUUAAGUUUGUUAAAAGCAUUUCCAUUCUGUUUAAUAGAUAUGUUUACCUAUUUGUGGGGAUAAUUAUGUAGAAUCUGGUUUAGAAGAAUGUGAUGAUGGAAAUUAAAUUUAAUAUGAUGGUUGUUAUAAUUGUUAAUUAGAAUGUGAUAUUAGAUGUUAGAAAUGCUAUUAUGGUUAAUGCAAAGACAUUUGUAAAUAUGAUGAAUUGGAAAUUGAUGGAAAAUGUUUCAAAUUUAUAUCUGAAGAUAAGUAUACUGUAAAUUCUUAUGAUUGUUCUAAAGGAUGCAAAGAAUGUGUAGAAGAUGAGUGUUUAUUUUGUUGGUAGAAUUAUAUACUUUAUAGAGGCUUAUGUUAUGAAAGUGAAUGUGGAAAUGGAAUAAUAGAACCUCUUGAAGAUUGUGAUGAUGGUAAUUCUAUAAAUAAUGAUGGAUGUUCUAAUUAAUGUAAAAUUGAAUAUAAUUGGAAUUGUUUUAGUAAGGACUAAUAAGUUAAUCAGUGUUUUUCCAUUACACAAGCAUCUCUAGAGCAUUUAAACUAGACAAAUUAUUACCAAUAUAUUAAACUAUUAUUUUCUAAAAAAGUUAUUCUUGGCAAUAAUUCAGUAAUCGAAAAUUUCCCUGAAAAAGAUUCAUUUAGAAUUGUGGGAUUAAAAUCUGAUGAAUAUUUUAUAAAGUGUAAUCCAAAAGUUCCUAUUUCUCAAAAUGAGUUCAAAAAUAUUCAAUAUGAAUUCUAAAUAUAUUUCUAUUUCUAGAUAAAUAGUAACCUUAUAUUUAAUAUUUAAUUAAAUGAAACUAUUUUGGAUGAGAAUUAGAUGCUUAUAUUUCCAACUAAUUUAUCAAUUGAACUUAAAGUUCCUAAAAUUUUGACUAUAUCUCAAUUAACAGCUUCUAAGACUUUAAAAACAAUUGGCCAUGAUAUGAUGAUAAGUUUAAGUUGCAGUGGCUUUUUAAUGUUGAUUUUAGGAAAAUUUUCAUAAAUAAUAUCAUUAUUAGACAUACUUUAAUAAUAAUAAUUUUUAAAAUACUUAAAUGUUGAAUAUCCUUAAAAUGUUUAUGUUUAUUUUGAAUCUUCAAAUUUUAUUACUUUGUAACCUUUAUUGAAUUAUCUAAAUUUUCCAGAUUUAUAUUAACACAUAUUUUCAAAAUAGUUUUAAUAGAGUAUAGGUAAAUUUAAAGAAUACUAAAUAAAUGCUGAUUUCCUUACCAAUAUUGAUAGUUUGAUAUUUUAAAUUGUUGUUGGAUGUACCUUUUGUUUAAUGAUCUAUUUAUAUGAAAAAUAUAUUUCUAAACAUAUUUCUUUGGUGAAAAUUUUCCAUUUUAUUCGAAAUAGAAGAUCAAAAUUUAUAGAAUCUAUCUUUAUUUAUCUUUAUAAAUUUAAAAAGAAAAAUCUAGAAAUUUAAAAGAUCCUCUGUAAAGAAAAUUUUAUAUAAUUUAUUUAUGCAAAUAGUUAAGACUUAAUUUUUAAA